AUAAGAUGUGUAUAUAUAUAACCUGAACCACAGAAGGUGUAAAACAUCAUAUCAGUAAAAAUGAACAAUCUCUCAAUCUUUCUAUGUGUUGUCUUCUGCAUGAUUAGCCAUGUAUAUGGCGACAUCAGGAUUGCGAACGAACUCAAAUUCAAUAAAUAUCUGUGGAUAAGUUGUUUCUCCGGAGACGACCGAAUGGAGCCAGUGAUUAAAAAACCAGGAGAACACCAUCGUAUUUACUUCCGCACCAACUAUUGGGGGACAACGCGUUUCAUGUGUACGUUGAGACAAGGACCUAACUAUAGACACUCUCGGAGCUUCACAGCUUUCAAACAGGUAAGUCCCAGCGAUAGGGGAGCCUUGUGGGAUUGGAGAGCCAGAGAAAAAGGUAUCUAUUUGAAAGUGUGGGAGGACGAAUUUUCUCAAGGCGAGACCAAUAUGCAUAAGGCGUUUGAUUGGAUUUACUAGUUUGUAAUAAUUUUAUCACACAUAUGAAAAUCAAAGUUUGUAAAUACUCUUCAUUAAUGCAAGAGAAUAAUCAUUUUAAGGACUACCAUUUAACACAAGAAGUUAUAUGUUGCUCCUUAUAUUAUUUAUCUAUGCUACUUGUUAAAACAAUUUGAUGAUGAAAGAGAUGAAUGAUAGUUUUAGAGAUCAAAGGUUGGAAUAUGAAUAUUUGAAGAGAAAAAACAUGUGAGGCCAGAUACAACAUUCUUGACAACAAGUUCCUGUUGGUAUUCAGAUUAUAUGAUCUACGGUAGAUCAAAGCACAUUUAACAUGUAUACCAGCUGUUUCUAUUUUUUUCCAAAGUAAUAAUAGCAGUUUUUAACUGAAGUUCAACCUGUGGAAUUGCGAGGAUUAUCUAGCUUAUUAAUUAGGGCAUCUACAACUCAUCUAAUUUGUCUCUCUAUAAUAGUAUUUAUCAACUAAAAUACUAUACAUAGCAAUAUAGAUGUGUAUAUAUAAUCUAAA